UUGUCAAAACGAAUAAUGUAUUUUUAUUAUUGAUCCCGUAACUUGAUAAUUGCGCAAAGUUAAGCGAAAUUUGUGGGAUAUCGUCGGGAAUAAAAAGUGAUGUGUUAAAUCGGGCUGUCCGCGUAAAUUCGUGUUUUACAUAGGUAAUAAAAGUAAACCUUUGGCGCCUGGUAAUAAGGAGAACCCGGCAGCCAUGUUGUAAUAGGUCUUGUCAAGCAUCAUGGGUUAAUACAAGUUCGUUAGGUAGAGUUUUUUGUGUAAAUCGGCGUGAAGUGAUUAGUGAUAGCGCAUUUUUCGACGAUUUCGUUCAAGUUGAGGUGUUGUUUAUAAACAGACGUGCGACUUUCGCGACGAGUACGUCGGUUCUGCGCAUAUUACGGUAAGAGUGAGUGCAACGUCGUUGUAGCACAGGGAGUCGUCAACUGCCUGGCCAGUGAUUGCAAGGAGUGUGCAUCCCUGGUGCGGGAAGCGAUCAAAACAACUCCAGGACCGCGGAUGUAUGUCCGGCGAUCACCUCCGGGUCGUGGCCGCUAUCGGUCAUGUUGACAAGCAUCGAUGUUUCUCAGUGACACGUGUUGUACCACCGUAAACAAGGGUUUUGCGCUACUAUGGCCAAAAUUCUUGAUACCGAUCCCAUUUUAUACGCGAAAGAGCGGGACGGGUUCCUCAGAGACCUGCAGCACUUCCACGAGACUCGAGGGACGCCGUUCCGAAGGGCUCCUACCAUAAAUGGACACGAGAUUGAUCUUUACCUUUUGUAUUGUUUAGUCACCGAAGAAGGAGGAUGGAUCAAGGUUAACUCCAAGAAUGCGUGGUCGGAGCUCUUUCAACAAUUUAAGCUGCCCAGUAGGUGCAUUAACGCUGGCGUUGGACUCAAACAGCUCUACCUUAGGUACUUGGAUCGAUGGGAAAAGGUGCAUUUUCUUGGCGAGGAGGUGGAUAGAGGCAGUGACGAGGACGAAGAGAGUAGGCACAAGAGGUGGUCGGCGCGUGCGUUACAUUCGGUACCGUUAAGUUAUAAUUACCAGCAGCAUAACAUAGCAGAAUCGACAAGGGAGUACAAUAACCUCUCGACCGAUCUGUACAAACAAUCCGAUUUUGACCGACUGGUACUAUCGCUUCUAUCGCCAUUACCUAACGAGCAAGAUUUCGCAAUUAACGUAUGCACCUUACUUUCCAACGACAGCCGGCACACCCUCAAGUUGGAGAAGUACCCGAGGAUAGUCGAACACCUUCUCGCUCACACAGGCAUUUACAAUCAUAGCUCUCUACGACAACUAUUUACUAACUGUUACGACAAGAUAAGGCAGCAUUCAUUAGAUAGCUUUUGGAAGGAUAUAAUAGAGACGGAGGAAUGUUUGGAUCUCACAAAUGAAAAUGAUUUCGUUACGUCAAACUUGGACAUAAGACGAUCGCCUAAUUUUAGUAUAAAGUGUAAUUCAAAUUUAGAAAAUACAUCAACAGCUGAAUCAAUAGAGAACUCUAUUCUUAAGACUGAUACUUUAGUUAAUACCUUCGCACCAUCGACAUCUUGUACAUUGGACAGAAGAGAAUCGUCGGAUAGCACGAACGACAAUAGUGUAAAUUUAUGCAAAGGACAGUUUUUUCAAUUUUAUCAAAGUACGUCCGAUAAGGAGUUCUUCAAUCUCGGACGCGCGUUAGGAACUCAGGACUAUAUCGGUCAGAGAGUGCUUCAAGUGGCUUCGAUAUUGAGGAAUCUUAGUUUCAUAGAGGAAAACAUACCAGUAUUAUCGAGUAAUCGGACUUUUGUUCGAUUUUUGAUCUUGUGCUCGAACGCGCGAUGGAUGAACUUGCAAAAUUUAGGCUUAGACAUGUUAGGAAAUAUUUCGUGCGAGUUUUUAAUGAAAGACCUUCACGCGGACAAAAUCAGUAUGGCGCUAGUGAGGCUUAUAACUAAAGGACUCGAAAGUGACGAUCGCGCCUUUUGCAUAGCCUCGUUGGACUCUUUAAAUAAACUUAGUCAGAAGGAGGCGAAUGAAGAAAUAUUGGCGCGUGCGCUUGAUUCUUGUGUAUAUAGGCGGGUGUGUUCGUUUCUUACAUUGCAAGACGUUAUGGUUUUAGUUUACACUUUGGAGUGUUUGUACUCUUUGUCGUCGUUAGGUGAAAGGCCGUGUAAUUUAAUUGUGAAUAUACACGGCGUAAUUGACACACUAGUAUCGUUAGUCACAGUGGAAGGUAAAAGUUACGGGCCGAAAGCUUGCAUCGGUAUGAAACUGGUCGAGACUGUUCCUGGAGGAGGUAGCAAUGUGUCUCAAAGUGUAUCGGUGGCUAGCAGUUCUACAACACCAACCACAACAACUUCGAUUACCACCACUUCAAGUCCAUCUUCUACAGUAACAACGACCGUUUCCACUACUACAACAACACUUGUGUCGGUGUCAGCAUCCGUGAUCCAAACCACACCGACCAAAGCUGUUGUAUCAAGCGCGCCGACCCGAAACAUACAAAUUGCACCUCAACGGGUCAUCAUUACACAUGUAGCGACGACACCAACGACCACGUCCACGACUCAAGUUACACAAAUUAUAUCACCUCAACAGUUGGUCCAGCAGCAGCACGCCCAUCAGCAGGCAAUUCAAGAGAACGAACAGUUCGCGUUGGCGUGGAUUCGUGCCACGUACGAACCGUGUAACGGCGGACGAGUGGAACAGCAGGAAUUGUACAAGCAUUACAUUAAUUCGUGCGCGAAAAUCGGACGAAGAGGCGUUAUCGCUCCACUUCAUUUUCCCAGAUGUGUUAGAUCAGUAUUUGGUGGUACAGUGGGACCGAAUCCAGUGAAGGGUGUAAGUGCCACUGAUGCACAGUAUUAUGAAGGAAUAAAGGUGCGAGUCCAACCCCUUGUAAUAAGUGUUCAAUCAAUGUCUAACCUGUCAACAACUCAAUCUCCAGUUAAAGGCAGUGUCCGGCGUAAAAGUCAAAAUACCUCUACCGGAACGUCCCCUUCAACAACCCAAGUUCCUACAAUCACUCUACAUGCCGAUAGUACCGAUACUCCUCCGCCCUCUCCCGCUUCACCAAUAUUGAAGGCACAGCUAAGUGCGCCUUCAAAAUCACGAGAAAACACUGUUAUUAACUCGACUGUUAAAGGAGAUAUUAAAAGUCAGGUUAUGGCACAUCCGCAUCUUAGUCAAGCUCUACUUGGCAGCAGUGGUAAUAGUAAUAACAGCGGUAAAGAAUCUCAAACAAGCCCGAGUAACACAUCACUCAUCAAAACUUUACUCGCGACUAAGGUAAACGACUGCAUGUCUUCUAUCAGCAUGAAGAGUUCCAUGGACUGCCAAUCUGUAGUGCAGGUUGCCGCACGUCAGCAGCAGCAGAGACUUUUAGCGCAGCAGACGCCACAGAGCUCUAAGGUUUCACAAAUAAAAGUUGAAGACAAAAAAUCAUCCCGCAUUAACGGGACGUGCCAGUUUUUCGGCGAAGACAGUACGGAUGUCUCGUCCAUACCGGCAUCUGUCAAUUCGAAUUUUGGCACAGUAAAAAGGGAACCUCCCCAACCGCCUCCGCCUCCUCUGGCACCGUUAAGUAAUUCGCGGGCUCUCUUGCACCGAAUGGAAAACGAUGACAGUGAUUCCACGGGCAAUAACUCCUUAGCCUCGAGUAGUGGCAUCAAUGUCGGUAUUUCCUCAACGGAAGACGGGGAAAAUAGUCUCACCAGCUUUGAGGGGCUUCUCAACGGCGUACCUAACCUCGAUAAUCCGUUGAAUUUAAACGAUGACAGUAAUUCAAAAGACUCGCUCAAAAGCUUAGGUGCAAAUGUUAUAUCUAGGAAUAAGCCGUUAAUGUUAGCCGAUUUACUUGAAAAAAAGGUGGAGAAAGAUCCGCCUAUUUUAAAUGGUCUACUCGCGAAAGAGCUACGAAUUGGUGAUAAAGGGCUCGAGUUGGUUGAGAAUCAUAUCGAUAAGGUUCUCAGUAAAGAGGCCACAAUUGAUCGUGUCGCAUUGGCGGCCGCAAGAAAUGUCGAGGAACUGUCAGGGAAACACGGUCUGAAACGAUGCGCCGAUGACGAAGAAGAGGAUGAGGUUAUCAAUCCGAAGAAAAUGAGGUUCCCGGGGAACGAGUUAGGUGUCAACGGAUCUCUCAACGCGAGCUCCCCAGCUCCUGAUUCCGUAUCCAGCUCGUCAAACGGCGAAGAACCGACCGCAACCGUUUCCACCGCCGCCGCCAAAUUGUUCGCCGAUAUCGCCGCAGAUAUUCUCGAGGAUGAGGAGGAGGAGUUCCUGCAAGAGGCCCAAGCUCAGCAGGCUGUCGAAGAAUCGGGAGUUGUGCAGGUUAUUCAAAAUAACAACGUACAAUCGGUCUUUGUGGAUCAGCCGCAGCCACAGGUUAUAGUCUCCGCCCAGCCUCGUCAGAUAAUCGUUACGCAACAGGCCAAUCAGAUGGUACUCCCAGCCGGUGCACAAUUAAAAGCCGGUCAAACUGUUAUUGUACAAAACACCGCCCAACAGAGACCUCAAAUGGUUUUACAGCAGGCAAACACGGGGCAAUUCUUGCUUUCCCCCAGCAUACAAGGCCAAAUGCAACUAGUCGCGAGCACAACACAACCCGGCCAAUACGUCCUGCAAACUGGAGCGACGCAAGGGGCUUACGUCGUGGCGCAAUCGCAAACCGCCAUGGUACACGGGCAACCGCAGACGGUUUUAGUGGCACAAACCGCUCAACAGCAAGGCUCCCCGGCUAAGACCAUUAUUAUUCUGCAACAACCCAACACCUCGGCCACCCACCAUCCCAAAGUAGUAGUCACACCCCAAGGGCAACAAGUCGUCGUCACUCAAGUCCAGAGGCCUCUGUUGCAAACGGCUUCUACGACCCCCAACAUUGUUCCUACUCCGACGUCGACGGUUAUCAAAACCACAGGCUCGGUCGCGGUUAGCCAAAGCGUCGCCCCCACCACUUGUACAGUAAUAGAAAAAAAACCGGAGGAUCCCAAGCCAAUCGUUAAACCAAAAAUUGUAAGGGACGUCUUGACCCCGUUCGUAUGCGAGUGGGGCGACUGUCAAAUUGACAUUAAAUUUAAGUCGGCGAAUCAGGUUUAUCUGCACGUUUGUGCGGCGCACUGUCCCGAAACCGAAGAGGAGCUGACCUGCCAGUGGGACCGCUGCGACAACAUGAAACGGAAGCGAUUCUCGCUUAUGACGCACAUUUUUGAUAAGCACUGUAACUUGGAGGCGAUGAAGCAGAGCCAAGUCAAACGAAAACAUCAAUCGCAAACGGGUAAACCCGAACCUCCGUCUCCUAGUCCGGUGGCGCCGCACCCCGGCUACGCGCCCGACGCCGCGCUGCACGCGAUCAAACGUCACGCUUUGGAGUUCGUGAAUCCCAAGGAAUUGCAGCAAGGGACGGCUAAACAAGGCACUGUCACUGCUUCUCCGUCUGUGCCCAGGUCUGGGCCUACGUCUACUGAGCAGGAUGACAACGAAGGGCCGGUCACUAAAAGCAUGAGGCUGACAGCAGCUUUAAUUCUUAGAAACCUGGUUAUUUACAGCAACAACUGUAAAAGGUACUUACGGCAUUAUGAACCACAUUUGGCGAAUGUUGCACUUAGUAAUGUAGAAUCGUCACGGACUGUAGCACAAAUAUUGUACGACAUAAGUGAUAGUGUGACUCGGAGGUGACCAUCACGGUUAACGUGGACAUUGAAUUAAAAAGUGGCGUGAACUUGUCCGGGCGAUAAAGGGACCCCCGCAUGUGCUUAACGAUUAUUAUGGAAAUGUACAAAUGUUAAUGGAUAAGUCGUAGUAAAAGCCUAAUUGUUAUUUUUAUAUAAUUUGAUAGGUAAACGUCGCUUUUAAAAUAUGCAAAGUAGUUUAGUUUAGCAAUGUUGUAAAGAAAUAUGGUUUUAUAUUUCGUGCAAUUUUUAUUUCUGAAAAAUAUUUAUUGAAUUUUUUGUGUAGAGUUGUAAAUAACAAUGGACAUUUUGACUUGUGCUAUAUUAAGAAUAAGGUACUUGUUAAACAAUACUUGUGAUAAUGAAGUACACGGUUUAACAGUAUUAUAAUGCAGGCGAUAAACGUGACAUUUCUGAAUCUCGUGUCCACUCUUGAUAUACCUAUUGAAUAGAAACUAACUCAGUAUAUUUUCAUGUGUUUUAUAGCAGCAUCAUCAUCCACUACUUACCAGAAUGAAAAAGCACUGUAAAAUGUUUACAAUUAUAAAUAAACUGCGUUUACUGUA